CUCCACCUCGUCGCCGUCGCCGCCGCCGCCGCCGUCGCCGUCGCGCCGCCGCCGCCGCCGCCGCACGAAUCUCCCAAAUCCAUCCUCCGCCGCGGUCACCCCGUCGUCGAAUCCAAGCCAUCUCGCACCCCUCGUCGGAGCGCGGAUCCGCGUGUCUCCGUCAUGCGGCGGGGAGGCGGAGGCGGAGGUGGAGGUGGAGGUAGGGGAGGCCACGGCCGCAGGGACACCCGUGACGACAGGGUCAGGCACGGCGACCGCCGCCCCGACUACCGCCCCCGCCGCAGCCCGCCGCCGGACCGGGGCCACCGCCCCCGCCGCAGCCCGUCACCGUACAGGGGCCACCGCCGCCGGAGCCCGGAGUACCACCCCCGCCGCACCCCGUCGCCGGACCGGGACCGCCGCGCGGGACGCCUGAGUGGGAGCCGAGGCGAGGGCGACCGGGACCGCGACCGCGACCUGCCCCGCGGCGGGCGCGCGGACUACGGGAGGGCGCCGCCGUACCGCGGCGGUGGCGGCGAUGACCGCGGGAGGUACGACGGGCCGCCGGACUACAUGCUCCCUGACCACCCGUCCCACCUAGGGCAGCCACCCUUGCGUCCCGCGAGGAAGGACAGCGAGCUCUUUGGAGGUGGCCGGAGCGGCGGCAGGGGCAGCGAGUUCUUUGGGGAACCCGGAAUGACACUGAGAGUCUGUUCCACGGAGAUGGGAAGGACCAGCUCGCUGUAUCUGGACAGAAGGUCGCCGCUGCCGCCACCGCCACCACCACCACGGGUGUCGUCACCGCUGUACCCCUCAGUGCCACCUGCAGAGACUGGAUUCUUGACAGGGGGAUCUGCGUCGAAGGCCGGGGAGAAUUUUGGCACUGGAAGCACCCACUCGCUGCUUGACAGCAGCGAGUUUCAGUACCGUGACCAUUUGCGUGAGACAUAUGUUGGAAGGAGUAGAGAAAGAGAGAUUGACAGGCUCUAUGCUGGUAGGGGUAUGCAUCUUGACAGGGAUGGAGAAAUAGAUAGGCUUUACCCUAGUAAGGAUGCACUUGGUGCUGGCCUUGUGCCAUCUACUGAGCUGAAGGUGUAUGCUGGUUCUUCCUCAUCUUUGCUUGCCAAGGAGCGGCCGUAUGGAGUGCAUGAUGAACCUUGUUAUGAGCCAAGCAAAGGAUAUGCCAUGGAUGCACUUGGCAGGCUUUCUCAUGACACCCUGGGACAUGUAAGUGGCCAUGCUAACAGAUUCUCGGAUAGUUCUUUAGAAUAUGGAAGUGCUCUUGAUGACAAGAUGAUAUUGGACAUUACAAGACAGAAACACUCCAAGCAUUCACCAAGAGAUGCAUCCAUGGAAUAUCGGAGAAGGGAUCCAGUGGAUGCUUAUCUUCCACCAGAGAACUUACAUGGAAAUGGUCCACAGGUUUCAAGUCCUAGUGUCAGGCCCAUCUUGGGUUCGUCAUCUUUGAUUGGCCACAAGGAUGAAAGGAUUGACCGCCAAGUGAGGCUACCACAUAGAAUGGCAGAGGGUGAGGAUCCCUUCCAAGGGAUGCAUGAUGGAAUGGAACGUGAUGUACAGCACUCUUACCAUGGAGAUGAAUUGACACGUCACCGCAGGACAAGGAAUCCUGUUGUGCGCUACUCACAUUCUCCUGAAACUGAGCAUCCUGGAUUUGCAAAACACCCAGUUCAACAUGAGUUCUCUUCAUUUGAUGAUGACCAUGAGUUUAGUGACCGAGAAGUUUCUCCUGUGAUUUCUAGACGAAUACCCCGGAGAGCUAUGCAUCAUGAUCAUGUGACGGAACAAUACCGAUCUGAUGAUAGCCCUCUAGGACGGGAGCAUUAUGACGAUGAUAUGGAUUCAUAUGACCUAUCACCUAAGAGAAUGACUGUACCUCAUGAUAUGGUUGAUGACCAAGGCAAGUAUGAUGCAAGAUAUGAUCUGCCAGGUAAUCGUAAUGUUUUCUCAAGGAUUACUUUUCGAGAUGAUAUCAACGAGGAAUGGACUGAUGCAGAUCAGGAUAACUAUCAGAGCACAAUAACCUAUGGCCGUUCGAAGCACAAGCCUAUGUCACAGAGGCUGUCCAGACCCACUGGCCAGUCGCAAUUUGGGGGAUUUCCCAUGCAUGGAAGAGGAGGACGGGCAAAAAAUGCAAAAAGGAGAUUAGGAUCUGCUCUUCCUCAAUUCCAUGUUGGAGGAGAUCGGUUUGUUAGGCCAAAUAAACGUUUCAAGUUGUCAGAAGAUAAUCAUAAUGAUCCUGAAUUGAACCAUGAGGAUGCUCCACAAAAUGAGGACCUCUAUAUGCAGAAAGAUCCGCCUGAAGGCUCAGAAGAGUUCACUAAGCAAGUUCACCAGGCCUUUCUUAAGUACACAAAGCUUUUAAAUGAGAGCCCAAUCGUGCAGAAGAGAUAUCGUGAGGCAGCAAAAGGAUCUUUGUCUUGCUGUGUAUGUGGCAGUGUCCCAAGGAAGUUUCUGGACAUGGAUGCCUUGAUAUCACAUACUCAUGAUACAUGCAAAAUGGGUUUGAAGACAAAACAUUUGGGGUUUCACAAGGCACUCUGUGUUCUGAUGGGGUGGAACUGGCAUGUUGCUCCUGACACUGCUAAAGCCUAUCAUUCCAUGCCAGAUGAUGAAGUAAAUGCCAUGAAGGGUGAUCUCAUGUUGUGGCCACCAGUUGUCGUAAUACAUAACAGUUCCAUUGCAAGCAAGGGAAAGGCUACUGAUGCAAAGAUUGUGUCAAAAGAGGAAAUUGAAGGCGUGCUGACAGAAAUUGGGUUUGCAUGUGACAAGGCAAAGAUCAACUAUGGCAGACCAGCCAACCAGAGCGUGUUUCUAGUAAAAUUCCUUCCAACAAUAUCUGGGUUUCAGGAAGCGAUGAGAAUCCAUGAGCAUUUUACCGCCAAAAACCAUGGGAAGGAAGGGUUCCAGCAGAUCAAAGGUGGCAAAGGUAAGAAGUCAGCUCCUGUUGAUGAACUUGAGGAGUUGCUAUAUGCGCAUAUUGCAGUUGCUGAAGACUUGGGCUACCUGGAUGAGGAAACAAAGAAGAGAUGCCUGGUCAGGAGCAAGAAUGACAUUGAGGCUAAAGCAGAUGCUACACUGAACUUGGAUUCAUGAAGUCACAGUAACAGUCUACUAUAUUAGGCUAGGGUUACUAUUAGUCAAACAGUUCAAGUUAUCCUACUUUUGCUAGUAAUAUGUAUGGGUUGCCCAUCCACGUGGCUGUAACCUUGGAAUCCAUUCUACUGCUACGGUUGAACCUUUAUCACAUGAUUAACCAAGCUCAUGAUCUUUCCUGUUUUCU